AUGUCAUAUAUAAGUACAAACAGUACAAACAGUAGUGAUGAAGAUCAUUCGAACAACAACAACAACAACAAUAAUAAUAAUAAUUAUGGAAGUGAUAGUUUAGAGAAUAAUUUUAAUAAUAGUGUCAGUCUGGAGAAAUCAUCACCACCAAACUCACCGGAUAUCACUAAGCGUAGAUCAGAAUAUUAUAGUGCCAGUAUGGUUCAACAGAAUAAGCAGCAACCAGCCAAUGGACCACAAAACAAACCGGUUGCACAGAUGAGUAUUGUUGGCAAAGCAAUGGGUGCAACCAAGACUAGCAUCAAGCAACACUUCAGCAAGCAGGAAGCCACACAACUCUCGCCAGAGUUGAUCAUCAACAAUAUCAAGACCAAAGCACUGAAGCUGCUCUACGAGGAGACAAUCCGUCUCUCAAAGAAAACCAAUAAGAAGAUCGAGCGAUACAACAAGUACACCGAGCAACUCAAGGCGUCGUUGACCGCUGUCGGACAGUUCUACCCAGCGGAACACAUGACGCGUAUGUCCACCGACAACAUCGCUGACAUUCACCAGGAGUUGGUUAGUCUCCGCCAGAAACUACACACUGCAAUAUCGAAUCGUUUUGUUAUGCCGGCAGAGGUAUUCCUUCAGCAAUCGGUGAUUCCUGCGCGUGACUCCAAGGAUCGUUACCGUCGCGCGCGUAUCGACUACGAUAGCGCCACCAACAAAGUCAGAAUCAUCCAGCAGUCCAACACUAUCGAUCCAAAACAACUGUUUAGCGCAGCAUCUCAACAAGCGAUUCUCCGUGUUCGCUAUCAAACUCGUAUGUUUGACGCACACUCCAAACUGUUCGAAGCAGUGUCGAGACACGGAUUCGAAUACUUGGUGCAGUCGAUCAACUUACUGGCAGCGGAACACGAUUACUACAGUGCGGCAUGCGCCAAGCUCGAAGAGCAAGACAAGUUUGUACAGGAAAUGCGUAACUACGCAGAGGCAUCGAGACAGCACUACCAAGCCACCAAAGAAGCAGAGGAACAGCGCAAACUCGAAGAAGCAAUGUAUCGCGAGGACAAUAAAUACAAUGAGAUGGUAGAGAUAUUCUCGUGGGAUGACUUGGCUGUUGUCAACGCUAUCUGUUUAUCGUCUGGCAGUGAUCAAGAAGCUAUUCUCGAGGAUCUCGUAAGGAUUCUCGAUGCACACAAACAGACUAUACCAAUCAUUAAACUUGGAAUCACCAAAGAAGUUACUUCGACCAACUCUGCAGCAACAUUGUUCCGUGGUAACUCCACCGCCACCAAACUAAUGACUGCAUUCACCAGAAUGACUGGUAGACCCUAUCUCAUCUCUACAUUGAAACCAAUCAUAGAGAAACUCAUUAAAGAUCCAACUGGUUAUGAGCUUGAUCCAGAGAAAACAUCAGAUACAACAGGUAAUUGUGAACGUUUAACAAGUAUUUGUCAAGAAUUCUUAAUUGCGAUAUAUAAUUCAAUUGAAAACUGUCCAAUUCCAUUUAGAGCAAUGGCAAAUCAUCUACAAAAUGAAGUUGUCAAACAGUUUCCAGAGAGUAAACAUACAUCGGUUGGUGGAUUCAUAUUCUUGAGAUUCUUUUGUCCAUGUAUAUUAUCCCCGGAUGCCAAUGGUGUCACCGAUUCAUCGUCAUUGACCAUGGAGUGCAGAAGAGCAUUGAUUCUCGUAAGUAAGACUUUGCAAAACGUUGCAAACGGUAUUCAAUUCGGUACAAAAGAAUCGUACAUGAAAGAAAUGAAUCCAUUCUUGGAGAGAAACUUUGAUCGUUGUAAAGAAUUUUUAGAUAAUAUCGCUACUUUACCACCUGUAAUAGAAUAUACACCAUUGUCAUCAAAGAGUGAAGUUAAAAAUAAAGAGUUACCUUCCAUUCAUAGAUUGAUUGUAAAGAAUUUGGAAAAGAUAUUCAAGACACUACAACAGUAUAAUCAACAAACAGUUACAUUCCAAUUGGUAUCAUCACUCGGUAGAUUAGGUGAUUUCAAAGAAGUUUAA